AUAUCAGGAACACUCCUGCCUCCGAGACCAAUUUAGUAUGAACUGGUCUGGACGGUCGGACAGCAAGGAAGUGGAAGUCAGACGAGUUCUCGAGCUGGAAGGUUAAACUCCCACAAACAAAGAGCAGGUGAGCCGAGUUCUCUCUCUCUAGAGAAAACGUGACACAAGAAGUUUUGCUGCCAACAAGGAUAAUAGAGGACAGAAGACCGGACCGGUAUACCCCCUGCGCUGUAUAGAGCUCACAGUUUUACAGGAAGCAUGAUCGCCAUGGACCCUGUCACAGUUCUCCUGUCUGUGAUAGUCAUCCUAUAUCUGGCCAAUGCUUUUAGCAAUCGAAAAAAUAAAAAUUACAAGAAUUUCCCCCCUGGACCAACGCCUCUACCCAUAAUUGGAAAUAUGCACAUGAUCGACAGAGCAAAACCCCAUAAUACAUUUAUAGAGUUAUCAAAGAAGUACGGACCAGUAUUCAGUGCCCAAUUGGGGUUAGAUAAGUUUGUUGUCCUGUGUGGGUAUGACACUAUAAAAGACGCUUUAAUCAACCACGCUGAGGAAUUCUCUGAAAGACCAGAUUCACCGGUGUUUGCUAAAACAUCAAAUGGAAAUGGUGUUAUCUUUGCUCAUGGUGAGAACUGGAAAGUGAUGAGACGAUUUGCACUCUCAACAUUACGGGAUUACGGGAUGGGGAAGAAGAGCAUAGAGAACAGGAUUAAUGAUGAAUGUGAAUGUUUGAUGCAGACAUUCAGAUCCUAUGAAGGAAAACCCUUUAAUAAUUUGACCAUCAUGAACGCUGCUGUAGCCAAUAUAAUUGUGUCCACACUACUCGGUAAUAGAUUUGAAUAUAAUGACCCUACCAUACUGAGGCUCAUGAAUUUGAUCAAUGAAAACGUCCGGAUCCUGCAAAGUACUAUGGUCAGGUUAUACAAUAGUUACCCCUCUCUGAUAGGCUGGCUUCCUGGGGGUCACAGGAAAAUUUUUGAAAACAACAAUGAAAUGCAGGAAUUUAUAAAAGCGACAUUUACAAAACAGAAGAAAGAGUUGGAUGUAAAUGAUCAGAGGAAUCUUAUUGAUUCAUUCCUUGCAAAGCAACAAGAGGGAAAGCCAGAAUCUACUUUAUAUUACCACAACGACAACCUAGUCACACUAGUCAGCAAUCUAUUUGCUGCUGGGAUGGAGACCACCUCAACCACUCUGCGAUGGGGCCUCCUGCUGAUGAUGAAAUACCCCGAAAUCCAAAAAAAAGUGCAAAAUGAAAUAGAUGGAGUGAUUGGAUCUACUCAGCCUCAACAAGAUCAAAGAAAGCAAUUGCCGUACACCGACGCCGUCAUCCAUGAAAUACAGCGUUUUGGUGACAUUGUCCCGAGUAACGUCCCACAUGCAACUACUCAAGAUGUCACUUACAGAGGGUAUUUUAUUCCAAAGGGGACAACCGUUCUCCCAAUACUGACCUCUGCACUGAGAGAUGAAGCCUACUUUCAGAAACCGGACCAGUUUUACCCGGAACAUUUUCUUGACUCAAAAGGCAAUUUCAAGAAGAACGAGGCAUUUAUACCAUUCUCAUUAGGUAAAAGAAGUUGCGCUGGAGAGAACCUGGCCAAAACUGAGCUAUUUGUGUUCUUCACCACCCUUCUACAGAACUUCACUUUCAAGGCUCCUCCUGGAGCUAAACUGGACCUCAGCCCUGCAUUAGGCUUUACUAAUGCACCAAAGCCUUAUGAAAUGUGUGCCAUACCUCGAAGCUAGUCCUGUUUUCAGCCAUGUUAUUUUACAAGAUGUGUCAUGAUUGCUAUGAAUUGCAUGAAAAAGAUCAGUAAGGUGGUAAAUAUUUUUAAUUUUGUACUUUGUACAGUAAAUGUAUUUUUGUAUAUAUGUAUACAUAAAAAAAUUAUUGCGCAAUAAAACAAAUAUAUAU